UUCCUACAUCAAUUCCCCUUCCCUGUCCUAAGUCUUGCUAGUCCUCUAGCUCUACUGGGACACUUGUGGAAGAGUCAGAACGCCAGCCCAAAGGAACACAAAGAAAGCAGGCAAGCACAUUCUCUUGCCACUACCCCUGGGCCACUCUCUGCCAACCACCUUCUCUGUUCCACUCAGGCCUCUUGGGAUGGAUGUCACGCGUCUGCUUCUGGCCACCCUACUGGUCUUCCUAUGCAUCCUUGCUGCUUACAGUCACCUGGCACCUGAGGAGAAGCCCAGAGAUGAUGGGAGUCUCAGGAGCAACUCCUCCAUGAACCUAUUGGAUUUCCCUUCUGUCUCUAUUGUGGCACUGAACAAGAAAUCCAAAAAGAUCAGCAGAAAAGAAGCAGAAAAGAGGACAAGAUCUUCCAAGAAAAAGGCUUCGAUGAAGAAGGUGGCGCGGCCCCGGACCCCUCGGCCCGCACCCUGCGUGGCCACUCGUGAUAGCUGCAAGUCGCCGGCGCCUGCCUGCUGCGACCCGUGCGUCUCCUGCCUGUGCCGCUUCUUCGGCAGCGUCUGCUCCUGUCGCGAGAUCAAUCGCAACUGCUGAGCUCGUCCACUCACAGCUUCCUACAGGGAAAGGC